AUGGAGUAAGAUUGGAUGCCACGUUUCACAGGGAGAUAGGCAAUUUUACCUUGUGGUACGUAUAAUCAAGGACAAGAGCGGGAUGGGUUGAGAAGGAAUUGAGAAUGUAUCGAUCAUCUCAUCGACGCAGCGACUACUACCGAUGUGCAUUGGUAUCGGGUACGCAUGGAAAUAUGCCUGCUGCUGCUGCUACUGCUGAUGCAAUGCAUGAACUUUGCCGGUGUUCAGAUCAUCUCAUGCACCAAGUGAAGAGGGGACGAAGGAACAGAUUGCAUCCGAUAUCGAGUCAGAAGCAAAUCAGCAGUGAACAACAAAGACAAUGGAAGCAAACCCAAUCGGAUACGAGCCAAAAAGACAACUUGAAACAUUACCCUAGAAGCAGUAGAAUUCUUUCUUGGUGUUCUUUUUUUUUUUCUCUAUUUCUCAUUGGGUUAAGGCGAAUCCUCAUGGUGAUUUGGAAUUGCAGCAAAGGAGGCGAACAUGUACGGUGUGCAGGAGUGGGUUGGGAAGGGAAAGAGUUGGGUGUGGGUAUGGAACCUGACCGUUAUUCAACCCGGGGUCCUGGAUAGGAUCAGGCCGGGGGAAAGGGGGUGGUGGGUGGUAAGCGGCAGACACGUGAAUGCAGUCGACAAGUCUAAAUCUGAUUUCUCAUUUCGAAAUUUGCCAUCAGAACAAGGAGAAGGAGCAUCUCGGGCCUGCCGUGACUGGCGACCUGUCCCCAUUCCGGGUAAUCGCUCGUCUUGCGAUGACGAUGCCGAGUGGCCAUUCUGGCGGUGUACACCAGCCCCGGGUCCAAUUGAAAGAGGCGAGAGAAGCGACC